AUGCACAUCUCUUCAGACCGUGAGCAGCUCGAUACGGGACUGCAGCCAGAUAGUGCCGACCGAGGCAGCGAGCUCUACCGUCAGCGCCGUCUAAAGCGCAGCUAUCACCUCAUGAACAGCCAGGACGACGCUUUUAUCUCCCCUUGUGGCGAACAGCAGCCGCAGCAGCAACAAUUACUUUGCAAAUACAAGUCCGGCAAGUGCUCCAAUCCCCGUGCCACUAAGCGCAAUGGACAGCUGCAUACCCUAUGCCACUUCCAUCGGGACCGCCAGAACGAGCACCAGCGUAAAAGUGACCGCAAGCAUCGCAUGGUGAGUGUCGCUCGGCGUGCCAAGCUCGGCAGUAUUGGCGUCGGCAGCGACAGCGCUCGCCGACAUUGUCUUCAUUCCAUCACGUCAUUGGAGGCAGCUUUCCCCAACGGAUCCUCUGUCUUGCCAUUAAAUCGACUUGGGUACGACUCGAACGCAUCAGACGCUUUGAGGAAUGUGCAAUAUGCUGCAGGAAGUGUGCAUAACGGUCAAGGAGGAGAAGGAUUAGUGCCGCUACCCGCAGCAACGAUGCGUUUACCGCCCAUUAGCUUCCUCAUGCCUGGCAAACUCGAUGGCUAUCGCGCAACUAGCACAUCCGCGCUCACCUUGUCACCUAGUGGCUUUAUUACCGAUCGUGUCAAUACAGGCAAGACAGCAUGA